AUGGUUCAUUCCGAGGACAAUCAGCUGGCAUUGACGAAGAAGUCUUGGAGACAGGCGGCGGUACAUUACCCUUUUCUACUCCACUGCCAAGUCGUGGGCGCUGCCGCGGCUGCGUUGAGUGUUUGUGAAGAUGAAAUGGCGGCGAAAUAUCUUACCCUGAAACGGCUUGAGUAUCAAAUGACGGCGAUCAAGCUCAUCCGAGAGGAGCUCCAAUUGAUCAACAACGGAAAAGCCGAACCAUCUGACGAGUUGAUUAUGGCAAUUUUGAACCUUGUCACUUCGUCAGGAGAUUUCAACGAGGCGCAGGGAGAAGAAGUUCAUCCGAAAUCGCCACUCGCACAGGCUCAGCCUGUCGGAAGAGGGGGUCUGCAGGGGUUGGAGUCAUAUGCUUUGGCAUAUAUGGUGCAGGUCAUUGACAUUUAUGUGUCCACCCUGAAGGGCAGCCGUCCACUGUAUCCUUGGAUGCACGGGUCUCAGAAUCUGGCUGCAAAGGGAAAAUGCAUUCCAGAUCAACAGGCGAAAGAGCUCUGCAAGGUCCUGGGGUCUGGGUUGACCGUACUGUCGUCUAUUGAUGUGAAGGUGCAUCAGCUGUACCUCGAGGCUUGUGAAGUCACCGUCGCCCUAGACCAGUACCACCGGAGCGCAGAAGGAUGUCCUGACUUAUCAGAUCGUGUGAACGCGAGAAAUAAGACUCAACACGGCUUUUGUAGCCUGUCCCCGGCAGCAGAAUCGAGGACAGACUCCUUUGAAGCCCUUUACGAGAUAUGUCGGAUUGCCGGUCUGAUCUUCUGUGAUGUGGUAAUACUGCCGUUACCAUAUAGCAGCGGUGUCAAAACUCGCCUGUCCCGUCGACUUCGCACGGUUCUAGAGUCUCCGUCUCUGCGCGUAUUUUGGGAAUCGGCCAUCUAUGGUGAAUUGUUGACGUGGGUUGUCUUGAUGGGAACGAUUGCUGCCACCUUCACGAAAGCUCGGGGAUGGUAUUUACAGCAGCUGCGAGGGUUGGUUGACCAUCAACAGCUGGACUGGAACGGAUUCAAAGAGCUGAUGAAGACAUUCCUCUGGUGGAAUUUCACAUUCGAAGCCCCCAUCGCCAGGAUAUGGAAGGAAAUCAACGCACCAAGCUUCAAAUCAAAGGCUCACUGCUCUACUUCAGCUUGUCUCGGCCCGGAGACUGUAUCAUUAGAAGUGAUCUGA